GAGCACUGUCUCUUCCUUCGUUCUCAUCUCCUCCACUCCACUCCCCUCCCCUCCCACUGUAAGCGUGACUCUCAAAUACCUCUCUCUCUCUCUCUCUCUCUUCGAGCAAGUGACAAAGUCGGUGGACUUGCCAAUUGCCUAUAUGUACUGACACCCCAACGGGUCUUUCUUUCCCUUUUAUCUGCUUCCCCUCGUGACCCUCUCUCUCUUUCUGCAUCUCAGUUACUGAAUUUAAUACCACUCAGCUUUCCGAAUCUUCAAAUUCCUCCAUUGGCCAACUUUUCUUUAUCCACAGUACUUAGUAUUUAUUCGAUAAUAACAAUUUCUAUUUCUUUUUUUUGGGUCUUUUGGAAUGCUGCGUUUAUAGAGUUAUGCUUUAUUUAGACUCUAGACUUUUUCGCUGAAUUGAUACAAUCAAUGGGAAGUCGCAGAACUUUUUCAUGAUUCUGGUGUGUUCUUCUUCCUAUUAUAGUCCUUAAGCUCUUGGCUUUUUCUUCAUUUCUUUUGUAUUUUCUCUUUUUAAAAAAAUAAAAAAAGCAACAACUUUUGUUGCUUUACUUUUUGGGUUUAGGGUUUUGUUAUUUUGUACCUUUUCUCUACAUAGCCCUUCUUUUCCUUGCCAUUCUCAGUUAAGAAAAACAGAAAGCAGCAUAUGUUAAACUCCAAAUCUAUUCAAUUCUUUCAGCUUCUAGAACUUCAUUCGUCAACAAAUUUGGAUAUAUAAUAUAUAUUAUUGGAAUCUACAAAUGUCUUCUUGUUUAAGUGGAGCUGGUGGAAGAACUUACGGGUUCGAUUUCGAAUUUGUUAAAUCACCAUCUUCUUCAACUCGAACUUCACAUACAUCAUCUUCUCCAUCCUCAACAAUCUCUGAAUCCAGCAACUCCCCAUUAGCAAUCUCCACAAGAAAACCCAGAACCCCUCGAAAGCGACCCAACCAAACCUACAAUGAAGCUGCGGCACUCCUUUCCACUGCAUACCCAAACCUGUUCUCCACCAAGAACCUCAAAACAACGGGAAAAUUCACCAAACAAGUAACGGAUUUGUACGAUUCCUCAGAACUGCUGUUGCCUUUCAGGGUGUUUGACACCUCAUGCUCCUCUUUCCUUCUCCAUCAACACAAACCCAGUUUCCCAUUGGAGCCCAAAGUAUUGAACCUGCAAGAGAAGCCAUGCCAAAGCCCGGGGGAGAUAAGCUCGAGGUUGGUGAAUUCACUUGAUUUGGACGAUGAUUGCCAAGAAGAUUUCGAUGCGGAAUCGAUUCUCGACGAGGAAAUCGAGGAGGGGAUUGAUAGUAUCAUGGGGAGAUUGGAUUCCAAUGGCGCCUCUUCUCAUGAUGACCAUCCAUGGAUGGGUUUUGGCGGGAAAUUCGGGUUGCAGAGAACGGCGGUUAGAGCUUUCCGUCACGUCGAUGACGGCAACUGGUGGAAUUUCCCGGCCGUUGAUAUCCUUCAAAUCUCACCCAAAAUCAGCAACAAUCCUCCUCCUCCUCCUCCUCCGCCGCCUGCGGCGGAGAAGAAGAAGACGAAGAAGAAGAAGGUGGAGAAACCAAACGUGGUGGAGUUGAAGAACGCGGAAUUGCCGAAAUCGAACCCGGGUUUGCUGUUGAAAUUGAAUUACGACGAGGUUCGGAAUGCUUGGUCUGACCGGGGGUCACCGUUCGCCGACGACAGCCCCGCCUCCGACGCACCGGGAAAUGACGUCACUGCGCGGCUGUCGCAAAUCGAUUUGUUGUGGGAUAACGGAGGGAUGAGAGAAGCUAGCAUGCUGCGCUACAAAGAAAAGCGGCGUACACGCCUCUUCUCCAAGAAGAUCAGGUACCAGGUCAGGAAAGUCAACGCUGAUCGACGGCCCAGAAUGAAGGGACGAUUUAUUAGGAGACUGAAUCCUAGCUCGAAUGCACACAGAUGAUAAUAUGUAGUAGCAGUAAAGCACGUGAUUUUUGGGACUUCGUUAAAAUAAAUAAAUAAAUAAAAAUAUAUUUUUGUAACCUUUACUUUCUUUCUUUUUUCUCUUUUUCUUUUUUCUUUCUUUUGUUCUUUGCUUUUUGGGUUCUUCAUUCUAUCUUCACUAAUAACGACGAAAAGAGGCUGGAUGAGAUAAGCAACGAAGUAGUAAAAAAAUAUAUGCUUAAGAUUCUAUUAAACUUUGAUUCUCUUCGCGUUAUGGUCGCCGGGAGAUUCUUCUGUUUGCAUUGUAAGGAAAGAUGUAUACUGCUGGAAUCGGUAGUACCGCAUAAAUAUUAA